AUGGCUUCAAUUGAAUCUACAGAAACGCUAAACGCUCCGAAGCUUCAGAUCUGGAACAACGCCGCCUUCGACGAUGGAGAUUCCAAUGUCACUUCCGCCAUCGAAACUUCUUCUUGGUCUAACCUCCCUCCCGAUUUCGUCAACCAAUCAUUCGAUUCCGAUUGCAGCAAGGAGAAUCAGAUUCAACUUUCGGUGUCCUCUUCCAUCAAAUCCUCAGUCUCCUUCACCACCGAUUCGCUUAGCUCCGGCAACGUUCAAGAGAAGCCACCGAGAAAUUGGUGUGAAGCUCCGUCAGCAAAAUCCGAAACAGCGAAGACCAAAUACGUCGCAGAUCAGAUGAAAAAGCGUGAAGAACGAGAUAUCGAUGCGGAUAUCGAAGAGGUAGAGAAGGAAAUGAGCCGUUUAUCGACGAGAUUGGAAUCGCUCCGAUUAGAGAAAGCCGAGCAAACCGCGAGAAGCAUUACUAUACGAGGAAGAGUCGUUCCGGCGAAGUUCAUGGAAUCUCAGAAACCGACGGUUAAGUUCGACGAAUCCUCAUUUCCAGGAUCCAAAUCGAGAAUCACCACCACCACUCGUAGAGGCGUUAGUCUGGGACCAGGGGAGAUUUUCUCAGCUUCGAAGAAAUCCGAAUCGGUGACUCCUCUUCAAUCGGCUCAGAAUCGACGCAAGUCUUGUUUCUUCAAGCUUCCCGGAAUCGAGGAAGGCAAAGUAGUGACGAAAGCUAGAGGAGCACGAACGAGUUUGAGCCUGAGCCCGAGAUCUCGGAGAGCUGCAUCGAAGAUCACGGCGGGUCAGAAGCAAGCAGCGACGACUGUGGGAUCAAAGAGAGCUGUGAAGAAAGAAGACGGCGUAUUGUUAUCGAUCCAGCCUAAGAGGCUAUUCAAAGAAGAUGAGAAGAACACUGCUUUGAGGAAACCGUUGAAGCCAGGAAGAGUGGUGGCUAGUAGGUACAGCCUGGUGAGCAAAACGCAGACGACGGUGGAGAAAGAUGCGAGGAAACGCUCGUUGCCUGAUAACGAGGAGAAAGAGAAUCACAGGUCGGAGAAGAGAAGAGCUUCUGAUGAAAAUUGCAAGAGUGAAGGGAGAGUGAAGAAGAGAUGGGAGAUUCCGAGUGAGGUUGAUCUGUAUAGCAGUGGUGAGAACGAUGAGACUCAGACUCCUAUAGGCAAGGAGCUUCCUAAGAUCAGAACGCUUCGCCGUGCGGGAGAGAGCCCUCGUGAUUCAGGUGCUGCCAAAAGAGUUUCGGAAUUGGAACGCAAGAACCGUAAUUUCACCUUUUGCCAGAUUCUGAGGUUUGAAGAAUGA